GAGGAAUGAGAGAAGGGGGAGAGAGAAAAAGCAAACAAGAGCAUAAAGUACAACCACUAGUAUCUAGAACUUCGGACAAAAUAUGUGCUCGUCGUGUUGUAGUUAUUAGGGUCAUAGUGCAUUAAUUAUCACCCCCCCUCCCCCGGAUACAACAGCUCUAUAUAAACGAGUCUCGGCGAGCCUCAGAAAAGCAGGCAAUUACAACAUCGUGGCUGCAUAUGUUUAUAUUAUAUCCAUAUUAGAUUUAUUGAUAAUUACGCGUAACAGUUUGAUAUGUAAACGGUCCCGUUAUGAUGAAACUCAAACACAAACUGCAGUUGAGAAACAGGCUUGCGAGAGAAUGCUUGGCGGAGUUCCUGGGAACAUUCGUGCUCCUGCUGUUUGGAUGCGCGGCAGCGGCGCAAGUGAAGACCACCAGCGAGGCGAAGGGUCAGUACCUCUCCGUCAACCUGGCGUCCGCGGUGGGCGUAAUCUCCGCCGUCUACAUUUCGCGAGGAGUCUCCGGAGCGCACCUGAACCCCGCCGUCUCUCUCAGCUUCUGUAUGCUGGGGAGGUUCGAGUGGAAACGGUUGCCUUUUUACAUCCUCUUCCAGAUCAUGGGAGCCUUCGCGGCGUCUGGAACGGUCUUCUUACAAUACUACGAUGCCAUCAUGCACUACAGCGGGGGCAAUCUGACCUUCACUGGCCCCUUAGAGACGGCCUCGAUCUUCGCUACCUACCCCAGUGAAUAUCUCUCGCUUUCAAGUGCAUUCGUAGACCAGGUGAUCGGCACAGCCACCCUGCUCCUGUGCAUCCUCCCGCUGGAUGAUUCCCGGAACAGCCCGGCUCCCGAGGGUCUGCAGCCCCUGCUGGUCGGCUUUGUGGUCCUUGGGAUCGGCAUGGCCAUGAGCUCCAAUUGCGGGGGAGCCAUCAACCCAGCCAGGGACCUGGGGCCCCGGUUGUUCACCGUGGUAGCGGGCUGGGGCCCCGGAGUGUUCACGGCUUUUGAGAACUGGUGGUGGGUUCCCGUCGUGGCCCCGCUGAUCGGCGGGGUGACGGGGGCGUCGCUCUACCAGGUUUUCGUUGAGCUGCAUCACGAGGAUCCGGAGAGGGACCAGCCCGAGCCGAAGGCGCGAGAGAACGGGGUGGCCCGGAUCAAUCCAGGGGACUGCGGUUCGUACCUGACCAGCAAGUUUUGAAAAAACGUUUUUAUUAUUUAUUUUUUGAAGGAAAUCAGAAGAAUGCAAGAAAGAAAAUGACAUUCUCAAAGCUUAGCUCCCUGCGUGGUUCAACUUUGUAUUUUACACUGAUGAAGGCACUAGAACCCCGACACUGGUCUGCUUGACUCAGUUUAGUUUCAGUAAC